CUUCCGAAUGUGGCACGUUAAUGUUAGCUUGUUCUUUUUCCUCUAAGAUGAUUUUGGAUAAAAGUUAUUUGGAUGUGACUCCACCCUCAUUUUUCACAGAGCUUUACAUGAAAGAGCAUGGGCAGGGCGAAAAGAGCCAGUGACAUCAUCCGCAGUGAGGGAGCGAGGGAGGGAGAGCAGCCGAUGCGAUUCAAGCGAGGCGUCCCGAGGCAGGAGGAGGGCUGCUGCUCAUACGCAUACAGGAGCAAGGAGCGACAUGACAACGGCACGGCGUGUGCGCGGGACGGGAUUACGCCCACCGGCUUGGAUAUAAGACUCCCACUGGAAGAUUCUCCUGUUUUCCCCCCUCCCUCCCCUUUCCCUCCCCCCUCUCCCUCCCCCAAUCCCCAACACUGAGCUUCUUCAGGUGGAUCCUCCGGGCAUGCUCCUUAAGCCAAAGUAUGACCGCUUUCGCAACGAGUCUGUGACUUCUUCCUCCGAUGACCUGAUGCAGAGCUUAGCCAUGAGCGGCAAAGUCGUGGCCACACCGGUGGUCUCCUCCUCGGCCCCCGGCCUCCCCUUGCCUCCCCUGGACUCCGGCGCCAGGUCCUCCGGUGCGGCGGCUCUGGCCGACUCGCCCUGCCUGGAUGGGGAGCAGGACGGCACCACUACCUUCUGCAUGCUCAUCCCUAAGAUGCCGCAGUGGAAGUUCUCCAACUCCUUGCUCAGCCGAAGCCCGUCCAACUCCAGCUCCAGUUCCAGCUCCAGCAAGGACUCGAGCAAAAAUGCUCAGCAAGGGUCCCCUUCCACUUCAAUGUCGUCGCACAGGCACAGCGGGGCGCCCUCGGCCAGCGGCCCCGUGGCCAGCUUGGCCGCCGUGCUCAACUCCUGUGACCCGGUGUGUGUCACCCCGUGCUCGCUGCAGGCCAUUCGCGGGCAGAGAGCGGCGGCACAGUCCGGACACGGGUUCGGGGAGAUCACGGCGAGCCCCGGGGAGUCCGGCGCCGGAGGCUCCAGGUCGGGGAUGAGUCGCAGGACCAGGGUGGAGGGCAUGUGGCCAGGCGGGGACGAUUUCAGUCAGAAGGGCAGCUUCAUCCACAAACCUUCCCAAGGAUGGCUGCAUCCGGACAAGAAGAUCGCAGGACCGGGAGCUUCUUACAUUGUCAGGUACAUGGGCUGUAUUGAAGUGCUGAAGUCAAUGCGCUCCCUGGACUUUAAUACACGCACUCACGUGACCAGGGAGGCCAUCAACAGGCUGUGUGACGCCGUGCCGGGUGGAAAAGGCGUAUGGAGAAAGAAGUCUGCAAACAAAGCUCUUCAGUCCAUCAUGGGAAAGAGCAACCUGCGUUUUGCCGGCAUGAGCAUCGCUGUCAAUAUUUCCAUCGACGGAUUGGGACUACUCAUUCCCACCACGCGACAGAUGUUAGCACAUCACCCCAUGCAGUCCAUCUCGUUCGCUUCAGGCGGAGACACGGACUCCCCCGAUUAUGUUGCAUACGUGGCAAAAGACCCGGUCAAUCAAAGAGCGUGUCACAUUCUGGAGUGCUCGGACAGUUUGGCCCAGAGUGUCAUCAGUACCAUCGGUCAAGCCUUCGAGCUGCAGUUCAAACAGUAUCUGCACAGUCCACCCAAGACUCUGACGUCUUUGGACAGGUCCUUCAGGACGGAGGAGCCGGCGUGGGGGGAGGACGACGACUUCUCCGAGCACGAUUAUUACAACAGCAUCCCGGGCAAGGAGCCUCCCGUGGGCGGGGUGGUGGACUCCCGACUGCGGCCUAGUAAAUCUCAACUAGCUCACAUCCACGCACAGCCGCAAAGCAGAGCAGCACAACAGAUGGGCUCGCCGGUAAAAAGGGAACAAGUGGCUCACCAUGCAAGUCAGCUGUGCUAUGAACUUCAGUGGGAGGCAGAUGCAAGCAGUAGCUCAGAUGGUUACCUGUGCGCUGACGGCCAGCCACCUGGGAAUAAAGACUACGAGGAGCACCAGUAUGUGAACACGCAGAGUUUUGAAAACUUGGAGUCUUUGCAUCAGGGCCCCGAUGGACAGAGAGGGGCCAGGGGGCCCGACAGUCCCAAGAAGGACCUUUUUGACAUGAGACCUUUUGAGGACGCCCUAAAACUGCACGAGGCCGGCGGUGCUGCUGGGGCGGAAGGUGUGCAGCUAGUGGAGGAUCAGUGGCCCAGCCCUCCACGGCGCAGGGCCCCCGUGGCCCCGAAUGAGGAGCAGCUUCGGCGGGAAACCUGGUACCACAGCCGAAUGAGCCGACGGGAUGCCGAGAAGCUGCUGGUCCGAGACGGAGACUUCCUUGUGCGGGAAAGCACCACCAACCAGGGCCAAUACGUGCUAACGGGCAUGCACUGCGGCCUGCCCAAACAUCUGCUGCUUGUGGACCCCGAGGGAGUGGUGAGGACAAAAGACAUGUUAUUUGAGAGCAUCAGCCACCUCAUCGCGUACCACCUGAAGAACGAGCUGCCUAUCGUAGCGGCCGAGAGCGAGCUCCACCUCAAGCAGGUGGUCAAAAGGAAACAAUGAGACAUCUGCCCACCUCGCCGCAUUGGGAUGUGUAAACGAAAUAAGGGUCUGUUUAUCCCAAGUGGACACUUGUGUGGACAUCAUUGUCGUUUUUGGGAUAUUCAUAUCAUCACCUGGUCAUGCCCAAAGGUCCCACUCAGCAUGCUGCUAUGAAGCUAAACAAAGGAGCUCCAGGAUUUCCAUGUCUCUUGUAUAGUCACACUGGCCCUGCUCUGCAAUGACUUAGUAGUUAAGUUGCACACAUGGACACAAACUUAACUGGUGGCAGGGAAAAAAACUGUUAACCUAAAACAAACCUGCAAUGAUGGACAGUCACAAUAUCCAAUAUAGUUCCAUGAAUCAUGCUUUGUUUGUAACAUAUGGUGCAUAAUCAUCAGCCACUUUAAUAGGUAUAGUAGUCAAUCUUCCAUAAAUGACUGUACAGUAUUGGAAUUUAGUCUUUACUGAGCAUUAUAAUCCUUGCGAAGGCAGGUCGAUAAGAACUUAGGUUGUGUAGGUGUACCUAAUGAAAUGACAGGUGAGUGUAUUAAGAACUCGACUCCUGUCCAACUUCAGUGCCUUAAUAACUAUGCAGUGUGGGGCUGUACCGACUCUUUUCUCCUGCAAUGCCAAUGAGUGACUAUAAAAACAUCAGGAUGCUUGUGUAUUUAGAAACGGGAAUGAAAGCUGCUCAUUUUAGGGGUCAAUAUAUAAUCAUCUUAAGUGCCCUCAGUUGCUAACUCCCUUUAGGGUCAAGUCAGACAUAUGACUUGUUUUCUUUGUUUCAGGUUCAGGAAAACAUGGUUUUGUCACAACUCUCAUUUUCUUUUCUUUCUCAGGAAUUUCUUGUCUAUGCUUCAUUUAAAACAUGCUUCACAAUAAAAGUAUUGGAAAACCG